AUGUUGCCGCAUCAUCAGCGCCAUAAUAUGGCGGCUUCGGCGGCUUCGGCGGCAGCUACGGUGGCAGUGAUGCUGCUGUUGGGCUGCUGCCUGAUGGCGCCGCCCACCGAGGCCCGUUCGAGCGACAAGGAGGGGCGCCGCAAUCGCAGCCGACAACAGGGAUCCGUGGCAGCCUCGGCCAGCACCAAUGGCGCCUACUAUGGCGCCUCCUCCUCCUCAUCGUCCUCCCUGACUGCCGCCAGCACUGGCUCUGGCACUGGCUCUGGCUCUGGCUCUGGCACCGGCUCUGGCUCUGGCUAUGUGUUCAGCAGCAGCGCCUCAAUGGGCGGCGGUGGCAGCACUGGCUACAACGGACCCAUGGACUCCACCGGCUUCUGCACCCGCAGGCGCGACAUGAAGCUGAUGUGCUACUGCACGCCCGACGAGAACCACGUGCCCGUGCAGAAGGCCGAGUGCUGGGUGUUCUCCGAGGGGCUGCACCAGAACGACACCACCUGGACGCGAUUCUACCAGCAGAAGCGGCUGCGCGAACUGAAGUUCGUGAUCCAGAACAACGCCCGACUCGACUACAUACCGACGAUGAUCAUUGAGCCGCUGAAGAACCUGAGCAGCAUCGUCAUCGAGUACUCGCAGGUGGAGAUCGUCAAGAGCUAUGCGUUCGCCAAUCUGCCCUUCCUCGAGCGGAUCAUACUGAACAACAACCACAUCAUGGCCCUCGACCAGGACGCCUUCGCCAAUCACAUCCGUCUGCGUGAGCUCAAUCUCGAGCACAAUCAGAUCUUCGAGAUGGAUCGCUACGCCUUCCGCAAUCUGCCGCUCUGCGAGCGUCUCUUCCUCAACAACAACAACAUCAGCACCCUGCACGAGGGCCUCUUCGCGGACAUGGCCCGUCUCACCUACCUGAAUUUGGCCCACAAUCAGAUCAAUGUCCUCACCAGCGAGAUCUUCCGCGGCCUGGGCAACCUGAAUGUCCUGAAGUUGACGCGCAAUAACCUCAACUUCAUCGGCGACACGGUCUUUGCAGAGCUCUGGAGUCUGAGUGAACUGGAAUUGGAUGAUAAUCGGAUUGAGCGUAUCUCCGAGCGUGCUCUGGACGGCUUGAAUACAUUGAAAACUUUGAAUUUGAGAAAUAAUUUGCUUAAGAAAAUCGACAAUGGUCUGCUGCGCGGCACCCCAGCGCUGCUCUCCAUCAAUGUGCAGGCAAACAAAUUGGAAACGCUGACAUUCUACACGUUCCAGCCAAUUAUGGACAAUUUGGUUAACAGCACCAGUGAGCUGUUGGUGUCAGACAACAAAUUCAUUUGCGACUGUCGUCUACAAUGGAUCUUUGAAUUGAAAAAUCGCACACGUCACCUGCAGCUGCGUGACUCUCUGGACGAGCUCCUCUGCUCGCUGCCGGAGCCGAAGCUGUCGCAUUUCGUGGACCCAGUGCCCCCGAACAUCCUGGACGCGUUGAACGUGGGCGGCUUCACGGCCAUCGGCACGAACAGCGCCAGCAUGGGCGGCAUCGGCAACAGUGUGGUGGGCAGCAGCUACAGCAGCCUGGACGACCUGAGCAUCGGCGGAUCCUCCCGGAAGCACUCAUCGAGCAAGUCCCGCCAGGCCUUGCGCGGACAGCGCCAGUUCACGGCCGAGAAUGUCGUCGAGGGCAAGAUGCGACGCAAGCGGCAGCAGGAGAAGCAGCAGCAGCAGGAGCUGGAGCUGGAGCUGGCCAAGGGGCAGCUGGCUGCAGUGGCGCCCACCCACAAGCGGUACGACUACUACGACGACGUCAACGGGGGACUGGGACUGGCUCUGGGCCACGAUCUGGACGACAAUCUGAAUCUGCACAAGCAGGGCGGCUCCUUCUACAGCCCCGGCACGGCCACCGGAACGAAUCACAACGAUGUGGAGGUGCUGAUGGGACCACACCAGUCGCCCACCAGUGGCGGCGACUCGCUCGACGCCCUCGCCAACAAGAACACGAUCAAUGUGCGACUCUUCCUGCUGAAGCCCGAGAUGCUGCCCUGCCACGACGAGCUGAGCGAUCCCACCGAGCUGCCCCUGUCGCGCGAUCUCAUGGAUGUGCGCAGCAAUGUCCAGGACUCGCCGUUGAGCGGUGCCCCGCGGCAGGACCUGCUCUCGGGACUGAUCCUCCUCUGCCUGCUCGCGGUGGCGGUCAGUCGGGGUUGA